CGAUUGGUGCGUCGUCUUGCGGACGUCACGCAUCACGUGCCCGAGCGGAAGGAAGUGGAUCUGUUUCUGAAAAAAUAAACUGACUGACGAUGAGUUCAAUGAUCGCAGAGACACAGAGCAUCAAAGAAGCUGUGGUUUAUAUCAACUCCAUUGACAACAGCAAGUUCUCUCGGCUUCUGUCUCGAAUUCUGCACAAACUUCACCUGAAGGCGGAGCGUUCGUUCAGUGAAGAGGAAGAAGAGAAAUUACAGAGCGCUUUAUCUCUGGAGAAAGAAUCUCUCAAGCUGGUGCUGGAAACCGUCUCCUUCAUCUUUGAGCAGGCCCUCUAUCACAAUGUGAAACCAGCAAACCUCAAACAGCAGCUGGAGAACAUCAGUGUCGUGUGUGAUAAAGCUGAAGCGUUCAGUCAGAUUUGGGCCGCAGCCGGUCCAGAUGAGCUGGAGAAGAUCCGCCAGAGAAUAUCUGCUCCUAAAACGCUGGAUCAGGUGGGCUGGCAGCUGAAUCUACAGAUGGGUCGGUCGUCUCAGAGCAAACUCAGAGCAGCACACGCCGUUCUGGAUGUGGGGCUCAGAGCAGAAGACGGUGCUGAGCUGCAGAAUGUUUUUGUGGAAUUCAAUCAUCAGGAACUGCUGGACUUCUACAAUAAGAUAGAGCGGAUUCAAACGCAACUGGACUCUCUGAGCUGAAACGCCACAUGCAGACUGAAGCCAUGACCAGCAGUUUCAUUCAUGUUUGUUGUUUUAAAUGUGCAGAACAUUAGAUGAGCGUUACAUGAGCUGUCAGAGGUUUGAGAUGUAAUACAUUGAGUCUGGGAAAACAAGCAUCCGUCCAUUUGUCUGUCUGUCUGUCUGUCUUGAUUGAAGAUGCUCAGCAUUUGUCAGUCUGACACUAACUUGUAUUUGCCUUUAGAUUCUGAAUGUCUCUCCCUUUGACUCACUGCCCAACACUUUUCAAAGUGAUAAUAAAAUGAUGUAUUCCAUUUUCAGUUGUGUUAUACUGGAUCAUUGCUC